CUCCCAUUGCAGUAGCAUCCUCGCCUGCUAGCCGCGAUAUAUCACCAUUAUUUUCAUUUCGGCAUGUCAGCAAAUUCUCCUCAAUCUUGGGUUGCUGGGUGGUACGCCGCGCCUCAACGAAUGCUGUCCGCAGGACUGGCUGGCCGUGGACUCCGACAACUCGUCCACCUAAAGGCUUCUGGUCAAGCCAUUCGAUUACGGCUGUCUAAUCGCUACGGAAACGAACCAGUCACGCUCGCCGACGUCUUCGUUGCCAGAUCUAUCCAUGGGCCUAUGGUUAGCAACCAUUCAGUGCCGCUGAUGUUCAGUGGGCAGACGAAUGUCGUGCUGGAUGCUGGCGCAGAUGUUACCAGUGAUCCAGUCUCCAUGGAUGUUGAAGCGUUCAGUGUUCUCGCCAUCUCUUUCCGUCUCGAGAAGGGAGAUGCUCUUACGGGUCACAUGGUCUCAUCACAAACCUCGUACAUCUCCUCUAUGGAACCGUUUCAAUUCCCCGCUGAACUUUCUUCCAUGGAGUACCCAUUAUCAACAAGUUCAUGGUGGCUUAUUACAGGCAUUGAUGUACUGGCAUCGACGCAUUUGAACGCUGUGGUGGCAUUCGGAUCUUCUACUACAGAUGGAGCUGGAUCGACUCCAAACACGAAUGGACGCUGGCCCGACUAUCUCGCACGCCGUCUGAAAGAAGCAGGUGGAUCACAGUAUAUGGCAGUCAUCAACGCAGGGCUCUCUGGAAAUCAACUCACGAGCUCUGACAACCAAAACUUUAGCCAACUUGGCGGGGUACGUAUUCCUGAAUUCAUGCUUGGUGAAGCCGGACUUGUACGCUAUGAAUGGGAUUUGGCCUCACAAUCCGGAGCAACGGAUCUCAUCUUACACAUUGGCUCAAACGAUUUGCGAGCGGGUGUCAAUGCUGCAUCCAUUAUCGACGGAUUGAAGCAGAUCAUCCAGAACGCAAGAAUGCAUUACCGAAAGGUUUUUGGAACUACAAUCCUACCAGGCGGUUACACAAAAGAACAGAAUGAGCAACGGAAGAUCGUCAACGACUGGGUUUCUGGAGAGGGAAACCAGUUGUUUGAUGCUACCUUCGACAUGGCAUCCACUUUACCCGCCCAGACAGAUGAAGCCAAGCUAGACCCUGCAUAUGACAGUGGAGAUGGGAUUCACCCUAACAAUAAUGGAACCCAGUACAUUCGCAGCUCUAAUGCCAAAUACUCGCUAUUACAACUAGUGUCGUUCCCCAAGCAUCGGAUCGAUACCUUCAGCUUUGCAAACCGCCUUCACACUUUCCAUGGCAGCGAGGUUCUCCACCAGCGCCGUGUACUUCGUGUACUUCUCCUUCAUCGCAAACCCAUUCGCACUACCCCAGCGAUAGAAUGGCAGAAGAUAUGCAUCCACAGCCGAAAACGCAUUUCCCACUGCAUGCACGCCCUUGAGCUUUUCCUCGAUGAUGGUAUAACACCUCUCAAUCUUUCCUCGGCCCUUCUUACGUAUCUCGCCGUAUGCAGUCUCGUCGUCAAUGAAAUAGUGAGGACGGAAGAAGGUGAAGUAGCCCUGCGCAUGCAAAUCUCCGGCAAGAAAGUUGAACCAUUCGUAAGAGCGCACGAUAUCAAGAUUCGUGCUUCCAAGGAACUUCUUGUCGGGAACCAGUUGCGCGAUGGCGGUCAUGAUGGCUGGCAUCUCGGUGAUUGUUUCGCCAUCCAUAUGCAGGAAAGGUAUUCGGCCUUUUGGAUUGAGGUGGAGAAACUCAGCGGGGAAGCCUUGCAUGACAUUGAUAACCUCAGUCGAGAAAGGAAGUCCGGACUCUUUCAACAGAAUAUGGGCAGCUGUACUGCAGGACCCUGGGGAGUGAAACAAUCGAACUUCGUGUAAGGUCAUGG